GCGAUAUGAUAUCAAGAAUAACACAAACAGGAACAAGUUAGCCAUUUCAAAACUGAUCGCAAUGCGGUCACAAGUUCUCAUGGCAUCAUCAAGAACAUUUUUUUGUGAAUGUUUUGUGCUUUUGUGUGUUUUCAGCCUGCCGCAUAUCGCCAAUCUAGAGGAAUCCACUCGCAAAGCAAUCAGUUCGUUUCAAACGACCACUGGUAGUACGGGAAAAUAUACAGUAUUGUAUGACUAUGAAAAUAAAAUUGUAGUAUAUAAAGAUCUGAUUAAUCAGAAAUGUGUACUAGAAGUGGUCCAAGGCGAUGAAAGCUUCAUAAACACAUGGAUAGCUCAACAAAGUUAUGGUGGAAAUUCACAAGACUUGAAUACUGAGAAUGAUCAAUUACCAAAGAGAGAGUUAUGGUACUUGGCAAAGCACAGGAUAAUAGACUUCUGCAAAGGCCUGCCUACAUUUUAUCUACAAAAACGAGCCAAUUUGAACCGUCCAACUUAUUUCACGAACGAAGUGGAAGAGAACAUCAUCGGUAGAUGGAAAAGACAAACAACCCAUUACUUCAAAGGACGAGUUCGAGGGCAAACUCAAUCGCAAUACCUCAACUUUGGUAAAUCUGACGGUGAUGGGAAGGCGGAAGCCGAAUCUACAGUGGAAGGAUCCAAAGCUGUUGUGUCUGGUCAAAAUGGUAUAGGUCAAGCGCAAAGUCAAAGCAUACCUUUUGGAUGCGACGAAUGCUAUGAACAAGAGCAAACUGUAGAGCUUGGAAGACGAGGAGAAAAAUAUCCUGAACCGAUCGUCCAAAGACCUGUGGGACCCCCAGUUCCUGGUCAAGGUGGUAGACCAGGGGUUUACUUGAGGCCCGGUCAAGUUGAAGGAGGUCAGUUUCCUGGGCAACCGUGGGUUCCAGGUGGAGUUUCUGGAGUUGGAGGAAUUCCAGGUCAAGUUAGAGGAGUUCCAGGACAAGAAAUACCAGGUCAAGUACCAGGAAGAGGUCCACAACAAACAUGGCAACCAGGACAAGCAUGGCCACCAGGUCCAGCACCUAGUGCACCAAGUCAAGAAAGAGGCCAACCACCAGGACAAGUAGCAGGACCUACAGGCCAGUUAUGGCCACCAGGGCAAGUUCCCAGUCAGCCUGGUGGUCCAGAUCAAACACAGCUUGGAAGAACUUCUGGACAAACGUGGAUACCAGGUCAAGCUCCUGGACAAGCAAGAGGACCUACAGGGCAGUUUUGGCAACCAGGCCAAGUUCCGAAUCAAACUGGUGGUCCAGCUCCAAUAGAAGGUGGAAUACCUUCUGGUCAAGCAUGGGCACCAGGUCAAGUUCCGAGUCAAACUCCUGGCCAAACAUGGAUACCAGGUCAAGUACCCGGACAAAUAGGGGGACCUUCAGAGCAAGUAUGGACUCCUGGGCAAGUUGGUGGUCCAGGUCAAACGCAAACUGGAAGAGCUCCUGGACAAACGUGGGUGCCAGGUCGAGGCCCUGGGGAAUUCGAUAUUCCUGGGCAAGCGUGGUUACCCGGACAAAUUCCUGGUCAGAUAGGAGUUCCAGGUCAAGUAACAGGACCCUCUGGACAAGUGUGGAUUCCAGGUCAACCUCCCAGCCAAGUUCCAGGACAAACUUGGAUCCCUGGACAAAUUCCUAGCGCUCCAGGGCAGAUUACGAGCGUAUCAGGGCAACCUUGGACUCCUGGUGGUCAAGUUGCUCCACCAGGCCAACCAGGACAAAUUAGAGUACCCGGGCAAGUUGGAGGUCCUAGCUGGACUCCAGCGCAAGUUCCAGGUUCAAUACCCAGUCCAGGACAAGUUGGCAUACCAGGGCAGCCUACAUGGCAAGGUUCGGGAACUCAAGUGCUUGCUGGUGAAAGAGACUCCGGUAGGUUUGGAGGAAAUUUAGAAGGCAACUACCAAAGCAACUUAGGGCAUGCUGGGAGAUUUUCGGGGCAAUUUCAUGGACAAUACGAAUCAUAUGGUGAAAGUGGUGGUCGAAUACAAGUAACUGGAGCACACUUUCCUGGAGGACAGGAGCCAGGAGUAUGGUCAUCUCCUCCAGAUACAACAAUUGGGAGGCCAGGGGUUCCUGGAUGGCCAAGUAGUGCUCCUGGAGCACCAUCAUGGCCGGGAGCUCCACCAAGUGGACAAGGAUUUUUACCAGGACCAAUUCCGCCAGGUGCAGGUCCAGGAUGGGCAGGUGUAUCACCUGCAGGUCCAACAAUACCUGGAGCUCAGGGUAUAUCCGGUGGAGAAGCUCCUGGAGGUAUAGCAGUUGAAUUGCCAGGAGCAUCAAGGCCUGGGGGGUAUGUCGGGGUUCCAGGCGGCAGUACUGGAUUUCCAGGGUCGACGAUAAGUGUCCCUGGCGCUAUCUCAGCAGCUCCUGGUGGUACUUCUGGUCGACCUCAAGGUACUCAAGUUUAUCCUGGUGGAUUCCCUGGAGGAUAUCCGGGGGCCCAAGGUGUUCCAGUUGUUGGAUUCCCAGGAGGUAUUCCAGGACAUCCAGGAGUUUCUGUAGGUUAUCCAGGAGGACUAACAGGAUAUCCUGGCGUUUCAGGCGGUCCGCAUGGAGCAGUACCUGGGGGAUAUCCAAGUGGAAUACCUGGUGUACCAUCAGGUGCAGCAUGGCCAUCAGGACCACAAGGACCUUGGCAGGCAGGACCAAGUGGACCACAAAGAGGACCUGGAGGAACAUGGCCAGGAAGUCAAAUUACAGGUGUCCUACAAUCACCUGCAGGCGCGUGGCCAGGAGGACAAAUUCCAGGUAGCGCUCAAGGUCCUGCUUCACAAGCGGGAUGGUCAGAAGUCCAAAUUCCAGGCGGUUCUCAGGUACCUAGUUCACAAGUGGCGUGGCCAGGAGGACAAAUUUCCGGUGGAUCCCAAGCACCUGGCUCACAAGGCGCGUGGCCAGGCGGUCAAAUACCAGGUGUGCCAGGCAUUCCAGGAGCUCCGUCUGGUGUUCCCCAGCAAUACACAGCGCCUGGUGUACGCGGGACAGUAGGAGCAGGACAGGUAGAUGAUUCCGAUUCACAAGUUCAGACAUCCGUACUUCAAAUAGAAAACGGUACUACGGCACAGGCACAAGCUCAAGGAAUUUACGCAGGUGGAACAGCUCAAUCACAAGUUUCUGGAACGUACAGUGGAUCGGGUUCCUUUAGCGCCUCAGCUGGCUCAGACGAUGGAAAGAGAGGCGCAAUGACACAAGUAGCUGGUGGUAAAGAUGGCGCACAGAGCUCUGCACAAGGCAGAGGAGGUUCUGGGACCUCCCAGUCUCAAGUGGUGCUUUCUUCAGGGACCGGCAAUACAUUAUCAAGCGCACAAAGUAGCGGACUAGCUCAUGGCACCCAGUCCCAAGUAGAAGCCUCUGAGAAAGGCGGGCUAGCGGACGCACAAGCAAACGGAUCCGGCAACACAUCUUCGCAGGCUCAAAUCGGUUUCACCCCAUAUCAAGAAGAAGAUGAUGAUAAUCAAACAACGACCUUUAGAGGAGGUGGAACAGCUGGAGCUCAAAGUGGGUCACUAAGUGGCAUGACACAGGCUCAAGUACAAGGAAAGUUCCGGUACGGUAUUAGAUAUACAGGUGGUGCUCAGGCGUCAUCUGGAAUAUCAUUUGGAAAGAACUCUUCUGAAGGACCGUUCAAACCUUUAGAUUUACAUUUUGACACACCUGUGUCAUCGAGAAAUAAAGGAUAUAGCCAAUCGCAGACCAGUAAGACGUCAUUAACAGCAAAGAGAUCAGGUGAAACUACGACGUCAUCAAGCACGAGUCAACCGAUUACAACUGUGGAAGCCGUGGCAGUACCGCAAAAAUCAACGAAUACACAACAUGAUAGUACCGAGUAUGAUGAUGACGAUGACUAUGAAGACUAUGAGGAAGAACCACCCAAACCAGCAACCCGAAACAUCAUAUCCCAAGUGGAUACGCACCAAAAGCAACAUAUUAUCCUAGAUCCUCUCAAAGAUAUGGAUGUCACGGUGACUCAAAGUAAAGGUUCCUUUCCGCCAGAUGGCACAGUAAUAGGUCCUGGAGAGAACAUACCUGGAAGCCCAGGUUAUCGUAUCCCGCUAGGGUUCAGAGGUACAGUGAAAUCCAUGGCAAAUGGAAAGAAUACUUAUGCCAUAGGAAGGAAUUCACAAGCUCAGAGUGUUACAUUGUCCCCUGGUACUGGGAAAAUCAUCUACACCAGGCCAAUAUAUGCUGUCACUUCAAACACACAGUCAAGAAAUGGUCAAUAUGGAUAUGGGUCUGGUUAUACGUUCCAGCCCGCUUAUCAGCCAGUGAAGUAUCAGUUCAAAAACGGAAAGACAUUGCCCGAUUUUGUAUCGGUUACAAAGUCGGAAACAGGGUCAAAAAAUUUGGUAACAGGGAAGAAAACGCCCAGUGUUUCUUAUACGCAGUCAUCUACUUGUGGUAUUUUUAUAAAUCAUUGUGUUUAUAAUGCGGGAAAAAAGUUGUGCUUCCCUAAGGCGAAAACUAAUCCAGAUGGUACCAUAAUGGGCUGUUAAAAUUGUAUUAUUUUUUAUUUAUGAGUCAAGAAUCAAUUGAGUUCAUUGCUCAAUGUUGAUUGCUUCACUUUAAUGUUAAGUUGAUUUUUUCCAUCUGUAUAUAAAUCAUAAUGUCAUAUGUAACCUUAAGAAUUUAAACAAUAUGUAUAAGUAUCGUAAUUCUGUAAGAUUAUUCAAAUAUUUUUAAUUAAGUAAAUUCAUUGAACUAAAUUUCACAAAUAUUUCAACAACAGUUGAUUUAUUGUAUUCUUUAUCUCUACAUGAAAUUAUUCAUGUUACUGAAACAAAAGUCUCGUACCUACUCAAAUGAUAUGAAUAACUCCCAACUUCUAUUCUAAUAUAUGUGCUUAACUACAUUUUACUCAAAACUAUAAACACUACUUACCUGUAACUUCGUUUUCAAAAUACAACACAUGAAAUACUUGUAACUUUUAGGAUAUAUGAACAUAGGAUCAGGAUAUUUAUAAUCUUCCGACAAAAACAAACCAGAGACUUAUCAAAAUAUUUAUUUUUGUCGAAUUCUGUGUUAUAUGUUUUCUGUCAAUAAAUUCAUGUUACC